AUGCGUUACUCCAUCCUCGCACAAGCCGCGAUCAUUGCAGCGGUCGUUGCGCCCGCGCUUGCACUUCCAACCGAGAUCCGCGCUUUCGAGCCCGAGGACGCAGCUCUCAUCGAGCGUGAACUUCUGACCGACGUCGCGGAGCGGGCUGACUACGACAACCUCGUCGCUCGCGACGAUCAGAAUCAGGAUCCUAGCCCUGCUGCUCCGACCCCUCACCCUUGGGUGGAGGAGGAUCCUAGCCCUGCUGUUCCGACCCCACGCCCUUGGGUGGAGGGAGAGCCUAGCCCUGCUGCUCCGACUCCACACCCCUGGGACAGCGCGCUCGACGAGCUCAACUGA